UAAAGAGUAGGGCAAUGACUGUUAUUAUUGAAACAGUGAAAACUUAAAUACUCUAUCGACUAUCAACAAUCGUAGCCACUAGCUUAAUUUGUAAAAACUAAGAAUACAGUAGUAUGUUAUAUGCCAGGUAGUUGGUGCAGUUGUGCCCGGUCAGUGACGGAGUUAUGGUUGUGAAUGUUGUAGUUCACAAAUUCUGUUCUUAAACAGUUUUUAUUGAAUUCUGAUUUUGUUUUAAUAAUUUAUUAAAAUUAUCUAGUGUAACACUUAAUUAAUUCUUUAUUUGUAUAUUAUUUAUUAUUGUUAUUGCUAUGGACGGAAAGAAUACUUUUGUGAGUCCAUUUUAUCGACCAUUGAUGACUACUUAUGGAGCAGCUGCACCAGCUGGUUCAAAUAAAGGCUUUAAAGGAAUAGUAGCUGGUGGAAUAACUGGUGGUAUUGAGAUAUGUAUUACAUAUCCAACUGAAUAUGUCAAAACACAAUUACAACUAGACGAAAAAGCUGGUGCCAAAAAAUAUAAUGGAAUUGGAGAUUGUAUAAAAAAAACUAUUAAAGGCCAUGGAGUUUUUGGACUUUAUCGGGGAUUGAGUGUUUUACUAUAUGGAUCAAUACCUAAAUCAGCAGUAAGAUUUGGAGCAUUUGAAGCUCUUAGUACUAGGAUAAACAGUAGUGGCGGAGAGUUGACAGCUACACAAAGGAUAUUAUGUGGUCUUGGUGCAGGAAUCUCUGAAGCCAUAUUUGCUGUUACCCCAAUGGAAACAGUGAAAGUCAAAUUCAUUAAUGAUCAACGACUUGAGAAACCAAGAUUUAAAGGUUUUUUCCAUGGCACCAGUAUUAUUAUCAGAGAACAAGGUAUAAGUGGAGUUUAUCAAGGACUAAUGCCAACGAUAUUAAAACAAGGUACAAACCAAGCUAUAAGAUUUUAUGUAAUGGGUGCUUUAAAAAAUCUGUAUAAGGGAGAUGAUCCAAACAAACCAGUUCCAAAGCUAUUAGUUGGUGUUUUUGGAAUGGUUGCAGGCGCAGCCAGUGUAUAUGGAAACACACCAUUAGAUGUUGUAAAAACACGUAUGCAAGGUCUUGAAGCUAAAAAGUAUAAAAGCACACUUGAUUGUAUGGUUAAAAUUUGGAAAAAUGAAGGCCCUACAGCAUUUUACAAAGGAACUGUUCCACGGCUGAGUAGAGUUUGCUUGGAUGUGGGAAUAACAUUCAUGAUAUAUGACUCAUUUAUGGACCUAUUCAAUAAAGUUUGGCCUUGAAAAGUAAAAUUAUUGUCUGAACUAAUCAGAAUUUUUUAUUUAAAUUCUGGUAGUACUUUUCUUGGGACAAAUUCAUACAUUGCAUAUCUUUCUUAAAUCAUUGAUUAUUUGUUUAUCCUUCUAUGAACUGUAAUUUUGAAUAAAUUUUUAUUGCUAUUUUAAAAUUUCCAAAUUUUAAAUUGUUGAAAUACUGUUAUAGUUAAUUUUUGUGUUACA